AACUCUUGUACCAAAAAGGAAAAUUACUCCUGUCUCUCUCCUCUUCACAUGUGCUCACCGUUAGUUUUCUUAUGAGAACAGAGACAAAGCUCACUUCAUUGGGUUUGAGACGUGCCCCUUUGUAUCCCUCAUACCAUUUUCUGGUUCUCCAAUUUCUCAUUCUUACCACAGAUAAAUAAUAGCCAUCAAACCAAAUCCAGCCGUUGGAUGCCUCCACUUGAAAACUCGUUUUGUUCUUUUUCUGUUGUCUAUUAAAAUUUUCAAUAAUAUCAAUAAUAUUAUAGUGCAUAUAUUAUCUUCUCGGCAUUUACAUUACAUGCUCCACUCUGUUCUUUCCUCUGUUGUGCCUCAUGGCUGCAACUGCAACCGCAAAAAGUUUAUAGAACCAUAACAACCAAAGCGUCAACGGCAACAACCCUGACAUAACAAGGGAAGAAAUCCAAACCGCCAUAGCCAAAGCAGUGGAACUAAGGGCCCUUCAUGCUGCAUUAACCCAAGGAAGUAGUCCAGGCACAACCAACGUCAGAUUCCCAUCACCUUCCUCUGCUUCUCACUUCUCUGCCCAAGAUUACCCUGUUUUCACACCAAGUUAUGAAGACGAGACACAUCAGAACCCAACAAGGAGCAGAACAAUAUCAGAAAGUUGGGAUGAGAAUGGGGUAGAUGGAGGGAACAGCAUGGCUCCCUCAGAUUACAAGGAGAAAUCAAGUUCUAGAAAGGGGCUAACUUUUGGAUUUGGCAACCAUGACUCUCACACGUGUCCUGCUGAUGAUAGCAAAUCUGUGAGUGGUUCUUGUGCUAAUCAUAUCACUGUUCUCCAAACAUCGCCUGCAAAUGACUACUUCAAAUCCAGGAGGAGAAACAGUUCGGGGGAUUUGAGGCCUUUGUCUUCCUGCAAUAGGUGCAAUCCUGCUGUCAUAACUACUGAAUAUGAGAACACAAGGAACACUAGGAGCUCCAACAUUGUUGUCCCCCUCACAGAUUCUCAUGCUUCUUUUCAAACCCAGCCAAAAAAUAAAGGGGUGAUUUCCUGGUUGUUCCCCAAGUUCAAGAAGAAGCAUAAGAAUGUGAGUUCCCCAGCUAGAACAGAAUCUGAGGAAGUCUCUCAGGUUCUCAAGGACAUGAGAAUAAUGUCAGUUGAGGCACUGAAGAGGGAACUGAUGGAGGCAAAUGAGACUAGAGAUUCUGCCUUGAUGGAAGUUUCUGAGAUGAGAUCUUCACUGGGGGACCUUAGACAAAAGCUUGAGUAUUUGGAGAGUUACUGUGAAGAGUUGAAGAAAGCUUUGAGGCAAGCAAUUCUCACCAAAGAAACCACACAUUCUGAAAAGUUUAACAACUCUCCCCAUAAAGGAACACCCUUUGAUGGAAAUGGAGAAAAUUUGAUGCCUGUAGGUGAGGAUGUUAUGAUAGAGGGCUUCUUGCAGAUAGUGUCAGAAUCAAGGUUAUCGGUGAAGCAAUUCUGCAAGACCCUUAUAUGCCAGAUUGAAGAAACUGAUCAAUCAUUGAUGGACAACUUGAACUUGCUCCUCCAACCAUAUAGACUCUCCUUGAAUUCCAAAUACUCAAAGGCAGUUUUAUACCAUUUUGAAGCCUUCAUAAACCAGGCCUUCUACCAAGACUUUGAGAACAGUGUGUUCCAAAAGAAUGGCUGCACAAAAUUCCUAGACCCUCGACAGCAUCGUCAAGCACAAUUCUCAUCGUUUGUUGCACUUAGGAAUUUGAGCUGGAACGAGGUGCUCAGAAAGGGGACUAAGUAUUACAGUGAAGAGUUUAGUAAAUUCUGUGACCAGAAAAUGAGUUGCAUCAUCACUACACUGAAUUGGACUAGGCCUUGGCCUGAGCAACUCCUUCAGGCUUUCUUUGUGGCAGCAAAGUGCAUAUGGUUGCUACAUUUGCUGGCCUUUUCUUUCAACCCUUCAUUGGGAAUUUUAAGGGUUGAAGAGAACAGAAGCUUUGAUCCUCACUUCAUGGAAGAUCUGGUUGCUGAUAGACAGAGAUCACAAGGUUCAAACAGGGUUAAGAUCAUGGUGGUGCCAGGCUUCUAUGUUCAGGAUAGGAUCUUGAGGUGUAGAGUUAUUUGCAGGCACAAAUCUGCACCCUAAACUAAUGUAACUUGGAGAUUGGUUUAAUUCCACUGUUUAUUAUAGUUCAUUCUCCCUUCUUUAA